CAACAAAAUAACGUAGCUAGAGAAGAGAUCUGUCAGGGAGGGGGCUGAAGAACAAAACAAUGACACUGCUCGGAAGCUUACAAACACAGCGACACUUUUAAAAUACUUUUUAAACGGAAUCGCGCUGCUUUCCCUCCCGUUUUACAGUAAAAGAGUCCACUGAUAUCCGAGCUUUUUGACAUCGGCUCGCUGUUGUUUUUGUUGAUAUGUUGUUACAGCUCAGUUGACAGACUAAGAGGCUAGCUGCUUGUUUGACGGCUAUGAACUGCUGAGGCUUGCUGCACCGCUAAUUACAGCCUUUCUCUGGAAAAAAGUUGAAACUGUUCGUCGAAACCAGCGAACAGUAAGUUAAGUAUUUGCUGCCUGGAUGCCAAAUUAUCCACCGAGUUAGCCAGCGAGCUAUUGAGGGUCAGUUUGCUAGCUAGCCUGUUGUUAGCAUCAACGUUUGCACAUUCAUCCUUUCAGGGAGAGCUCAUUGUCUCGGCUGGUGCUGGCUACCUGUACAUUUAUCUGUAUUAUUUAAGAAAUUAAUUCGCUAAUUGUAGAUGUUAUUUAUCUAAUGCUGCAUCUAAAUGCUAACUUGAAGCUAACUAUUAACUAGUGGUAAACAGAUAUCAAGUGUAACUCAAGGAGACGGCUGUUUCUGCUUCAUUGCCUCACUGUUAGUUGUGUGUUUGAAAUUUAUGCUGCGAAAACUAAUUUGAUAUAUUAUAUUGUGUUAUUGUUGAGUGUUACAGUCAGUAAAUAAGCAGCCCCGUUACCAUGCAGCUAUUUUAAGUUGAUUUAGUCUUUGCAUUUGGUUAUUUCAGCUGUCAGUGUUACCACAUGUUCAUUUUUAAUUAGCUGCUAUUGGAAAUAGUACUGGUGUCAACGCUUUUUCCAAUAAGCACUGUUGUGUAUUUAAGUUUACCUUGUAGGAAACGAUGAGUGGGCAUGGCUCAUCUUCAGAAAAGGGAGUUAAUACUAGUCUAAUAUGUCAGGAGAGUUAUGCCUGUGGUGGCUCUGAGGAGGCUGCAUUUGAGUGUGAUGAGUGCAAGAGCUUGCAGUGUGUUCGCUGUGAGCUGGAGCUCCACAGUCAGGAGCGUCUGAAGAACCAUGACCGGGUUCAGAUAGGACCUGGGCACGUCCCCUUCUGUGAUAACUGUAAAGGGGGCAAUGGAGACAGUGGCAAACGCCAUAGAUCUGUGGUCCGCUGCCAGAACUGCAAAGUUAACCUGUGCCAAGACUGCCAGAAACGCACCCACAGUGGAGGCAACAAGAAGAAACACCAGCUCACAUCUUAUCCUCCACCGCCCAAACUUACCGAGGUCACCUCUCUCAAAACGCCCGUCCCACCCGCUGUCCAGAUAGAGGAUGAGACCAAAUCUCAGAAGGCGAAACUACUGGAGAAUAUCUUCAGUUUUCUUCUGGUUGAUGAGAAUGAAGAAAUGCAGAUAAAAGAUGAAUCUUCAUUUGUAAAGAGUUUGAGCUGUAACGCCGACCAGCUGCUGAAGGUGGUGUCCAUCUUUGGAAACACAGGAGAGGGAAAGUCUCACACUCUGAACCACGCGUUCUUCAUGGGCAGAGAAGUGUUCAAGACUUCUCCCACUCAAGAGUCCUGCACGGUGGGCGUGUGGGCGGCGUUCGACCCCUUCCGUAAAGUAGUCGUCAUCGACACAGAGGGGCUGCUGGGGAACAGCUCCAAACAGGGCCAGAGGACCCGGCUCCUGCUCAAGGUGCUCGCCAUCUCUGAUCUCAUCAUAUACCGCACCCACGCUGACCGUCUCCAUGAUGACCUCUUCAAGUUCCUCGGGGAUGCAUCGGAUGCUUACUUGAAGCAUUUCACCAAGGAACUGAAGGCCACGACGUCCCGCUGCGGCCUGGAUGUCCCUCUGUCCACCUUGGGCCCCGCAGUGGUCAUCUUCCAUGAGACAGUCCACACGAAGCUGCUUGGUUCAGAUAAGUCAUCUGAGUCAGUAGAUCGGCUGCUGUUGGAACGCUUCAAGAAGCUUUCCCGUUUCCCAGAGGCCUUCAGCUCUGUCCAGUACUGGGGCACGCAGACUCUGAGCCCCCCGACAGACUUCCGUGGCCUGCAGAAUAAACUGGAGCAGCUCCUGGACAACAAUGCCACCCGUUCCCCACGCACCCCUGUGGUCAUCUUCAAAGCCCUGCAGGCAUUGAGUGAGCGGUUUAAUGGGGAAAUUGCAGGUGAGCUCGUAGCCCACAGCUGCUUCUUUCCUGAUGAAUACUUCACCUGCUCCAUCCUGUGCCUCAGCUGUGGAUCUGGCUGCAAGAACAGCAUGAACCACUUAGGAGAAGGAGUGUGCCACGAGGCAAAGCACCGUUGUCGUUAUUCUAUUCAGUAUGAUAAUCGCAUUUACACCUGUAAGGCUUGCUAUGAAGGUGGAAAGGAAGUGGUAGUUGUCCCGAAGACCUCAGCUUCCUCAGACUCUCCAUGGAUGGGCCUCGCCAAGUACGCCUGGUCAGGGUACGUUAUUGAAUGUCCCAACUGUGGAGUGAUCUACCGGAGCCGUCAGUACUGGUACGGGAACCAGGACCCCGUGGAUACAGUUGUCCGCACUGAGAUCCAGCAUGUAUGGCCAGGGUCGGACGGCUUUUUAAAGGACAACAGCAAUGCAGCGCAGCGUCUCCUGGAUGGAGUCAACCUAGUGGCCCAGUCUGUGUCAGAGCUCAGUGUCAAGCCUGCCAAGGCCGUCACCUCUUGGCUGACAGAUCAGAUCGCCCCAGCCUACUGGAAACCCAACUCCCUCAUCUUGGUGUGCCAUAAGUGUCACACAGUCUUCCAGGACAACGACACCAAGCAUCACUGCCGUGCCUGUGGGGAGGGCUUCUGCGACGGCUGCUCUUCCAAAGCUGCGCCCGUCCCUGAGAGAGGCUGGGGUCUUGCCCCUGUCAGAGUCUGUGACAUUUGCUUCGAGCAGAGAGCUUCAUAUGCAGCAGAGCUUGAGGCUGAGCUCGAGGAAGAAGAAGGUGGAACUCUCGCCAGGAAGGUUGGAGAAGCGGUCACCAACACAAUUGGGGUCGUGGUCACUGCUAUUGACAUCCCACUCGGCCUGGUGAAAGACGCCGCCCGUCCUGCCUACUGGGUGCCUGACCAGGACAUCCUGUCCUGCCACAACUGCCAGCGCGACUUCACUGCCAAGCUGUCCAAGCACCACUGCCGCGCCUGUGGCCAAGGAGUGUGCGACGACUGCUCCCCGGAGCGCCGCCCGGUUCCGUCGCGGGGCUGGGACCACCCUGUGCGUGUGUGUACCAGCUGCAACCAGAAACCUGGAGAACUUUAACGGGGACGCGCUUCCUUCCUCAGAGCACCGGAGAGAACCACUCACUCACUCAGCUCGCAGUCUGUCACUGCUUUACCUCUGUUAAUCUAACGGUUCUGUCUUGUGUCUGUGGAAAGGAAGUUUUUAGGCUUAUAUAGUAUAUACAUAUAAAUAUAUAUAGGACAUUUAGCAGAGUUCCUGUGGCCUUUGUAGAACAGCCAGAACAUGUGACUGAGUGUGAAACCUGCAUUUCCGCUCUGAUUAUUCAGAGUGAAUAUUUUGAUUCUUAUUGACACAAGUCCCUGAUUUUACAUUCAGUUCGGCUGUUGAGCUAUUUUUCUACUAUCAGAAAAUAUUAAAAAAAUGUAUCAUUUAAAGAGUAUUAGUUAGUCGAGAACCCUGCGGGGUCUGUGUGAUUAGUUCCCAGCAGUUCUUCUUAUUGAGCAUUGUUUCUCUGAUGUCGCACGUGUAAUGGCAAGGAGAUAUUUUAUAUCUGUGCAGGUAUUAACUGCGGGUCCCAUUGCAUGCAUGUAUUGCAACAUUUUAGUUUUUGCACUAUGCCUUUUUCAGCUGUUAUAGGCUGUUGCUUACAUACAUGGCCAAAAUCCAGAUAUCCAGAUGAGGAAUUCUGUUGCAAACUGAGCUGAAAUCCACCACAGAAGGUCUGGAUCGGGAAUAUCUGGUGUGCCAAAAAUCAUUCAGGUCACUGUCUGUGCUGGUAAUGUUUUUAUUUGAUCAUGUACUUUGUGGUUGUAUGAAGACAAAAAAUUAUUUAUGUAUUGAAGAUGAAAAAAAACAACACAAUUAUGAACACUCUGGCAUGCAUGAGAGAUCCAUGGCCUUUAACUUGUUCAGAGGAUGGUCUCUGAAUAAACCUCACUAUCUCUUUUUUUUAAUAGCGAUUUAGCAUUACCAUGUUAUAAAAAUGUAUGUAUUUCAUGUUGUUUUCUUGACACCUCGAUUUUAAUUGUUUUCUAAAUAUUUACAGUUGUUGUCUGCCUGGUUGUACGGAUAUUGCUUUUGCAGAACAGAAUAAUAUCCAAAUUUAUCUUCAAAAUGCGUUUUACAUAUUACACUCACGCCUCCAGGUCUCCGUAGGCACAGACUGACAGGAAAAAGACUCCUGACAACACAUUUUAGCAUUUCACAGCUUAUGUUUCCGUUAUAAUUCAUCCGUUAUUGAUAUUGUGCAUUUUCUUUAUUCUGGAUUUGUUUGACAUUACUGUAUGGAUAUUUAUAUACUUUGUAGCAAACCACUCUCUCUCUCUCUCUCCAAGAUGUUUUUGUCUUUUUUUUUGUCUGUAAGCAGAAAAAAACUGAUGCUGGAAUGUGGCGAUGAUGAGAUAUUGAACCAUAUUUAGUGACUGAGAGCUUUACAUCUGGAUAUCAUACAAAGCACAAGGUGAUGCCUUUAACACAUAUGCUUGUAUUUUGUUGUUACAAAAAAAUGAGAAAAAAAGGGUCUUUGUCGAUUGUAAGCUUUGUAGAUAAAGUGAAUUCUCCCUUUUUCCUCCCUAACGUGGAACUUUUUGGUUCUGAUGUCUGAUGAGAAAAUGUUGUGUCUGCCUUGUCUGAAAAUAGAUUUAUGUGUUUGAAUGUUGCAUCACACACACACACACACACACACACUCGCACUCGCUAAUCUGAGAUGCUAAUAUUGCACAGUAUAGUGUAGAAAAUUCAUGUCAAGUUACUUACAUUCCCAUGGAAAUUUGUGCAGACUGUUGCUUCGGAUACACUUUGCAUUUUGUGCAGUUUUUUUGUCCGAUAAGGGUUGGGUGCUAUCAAAGAGCCACAAAAAAAUAAAAAAAAAUAAA